CCGAGAUUCCUAUCACAGCGCCUCUACAGACAGAUUGCAGAUGCCACACAUGUGGAAGGUGCCAGGGAGGCUAUGGAGGAGGCCACAGACGAGCUCUCCCUCAUGGGCUCCUUCUCCUUUGUGCGGAGCCUCCCGCAUAGGGAUGAGCUGCUGGGGGCAGCCCUCAACUUCCUCACAGAGGGCCGUAUUUUGACUGCUCUCAAUCAAUUCAAAGAAGGGUUGGAGACCUUCGGGAUUCUAGCUCUUUUGAGGAUCCACCAUGAGGAGCUCAAGGGGGUCUUCAUGGACACACCUGAGCCGCUGCUGGCCUCCCGGUUGGAGUCCACAUUCAUGACGUCCUACCUGUCUGAGCCGGGCUCCAAUCGGAGGAGGAAGGAGGCCAGGACCCUUAUAUAUUGGAGGGACUGGCUGAUCGAGGUGGAGGAUGGAGAUACGAGUCUCACCCUGGGGGCGGUUCUGGCGUUUGCCACGGGCCUCAAAAGGAUUCCUGCUGUGGGUUUUCCCAUCGGACCCCGGCUUGAAUUCCUCCAUGAGGAAGAUGGACCGGCCCUUUUCCCCACGGCCAAUACCUGUUCCCUGGUCCUCAGGCUACCGGUGUAUCCGGAGUACAAUCGAUUUAAGGAGGCCAUGGAGGAAGGAAUAACCUCCUGUGGGAGUACCUUUGGCGUGGCCUAAUUUGGUGCCCAACCCCGUGGAAGGACGCUUGGAGUGCCCCCACA